UUAGUCAUUUGCAAUCUAGCUUUCAGGGGGGAAGUUCCAGACCGUAGUAGAAUAAUAUCCAUAUAAGGUCGUCAAGCGAUUUUGUAAUACAUAGUAGUCUUUUGAUAUCGUCUUCUCCUACCCUGUGUGGUACUAUACUGUAUGUCAUCAGGGUGAGUGUGCAUAGUGGAACGCACACAAUGUCGUACAGGAACUUGCAGGCUUACCGGAAACUGCAAUGCCCUCGUGCAUAGAGAGGAUACAACAGAAGAAGGUUGGAUCGCAGAGGGAGUUGUAGAAGAUCAACAAGGACGACUCAGUAACUAAUCAACCAAACAUCAAUUGUUGAUAGUAGCAACUAGCAACAGUGAAGAAUGUCGACGAAAGAACGGGGCCUGGUUUAUCUCGUCACUGGGGGCUGUGGGUUCCUCGGACAACACCUGUUACAGGUCCUUUUGGAGAAAGAGGAUGCGGUAACGGAAAUUCGACUUUUUGACAAACACAUCGACUCAAGUUUAAAUGGCCACAGCACAGAGCGGGUAAAGGUAGUGGUGACACAGGGGGACAUCACAGAUUACUCCAGUGUCCGGGAGGUUUCCAAGGGGGCAGACCUGGUCAUCCACACAGCCAGCCUGGUGGAUGUCUGGCACAGAGUCCCUGAGACAGUCAUCCAGGCUGUGAAUGUUCAAGGAACUGUGAAUGUGAUCAAUGCCUGUGUGGAGAAUGGUAUUCAGUAUCUGGUCUACACCAGCAGCAUGGAGGUGGUCGGCCCCAAUGUGAAAGGAGACCCCUUUAUCAGAGGUGAUGAAGACACCAUCUACAAUGUUUAUCAUGAUAUGCCCUACCCCAGGAGCAAGGCCAAGGCAGAGAAGCUGGUGUUGGAGGCCAAUGGCAAUAAGGUGAAUGAAGGGGCCUGCUUGUACACAUGCUCCCUCCGUCCCACAGGGAUCUAUGGUGAGCAGCACCAGCUGAUGAGGGACUUCUAUCAGAUGGGUGUGAGGACAGGGGGCUGGAUCAUUCGAGGCGUCCCAAAGGACACGGAACAUGGUCGUGUCUAUGCAGGUAACGUGGCUUGGAUGCAUCUGCUGGCUGCUCGCUCCCUGAGAGAGCACCCCCAAAGGCUUGGAGGGGAAGUUUACUUCUGCUAUGACGACUCACCCUACAAGAGUUAUGAGGAUUUCAACAUGCAGUUCCUGUCUGGGUUCAACUUCCGCCAGGUCCAUGUGCCGCUAUUGGUGCUGUGGUUGGUGGCGUGCCUGAAUGACCUGCUCCGCUGGGUGCUGAAGCCUGUGUGCAGCUACACACCAUUACUCAACCGCUAUACACUCGCUGUGGCCAGCACCUCCUUCACAGUGGGUUCAAACAAGGCCCAGCGCCACUUCCAGUACCGCCCCCUCUAUGACUGGGACCAGUGCAAGGCCCGCACACAGAGAUGGGUGGACACCUUUCCCUUCACAGGCCCCAAGGACUCCUGAUCUGGGCUGAUCUGCUGGUCUGGUGGAACCUUGUCUGGGCUAAACCGAUGCAUCACACAUCAUAACCUGGGAUGGAUGGAGGAGUGAGAGGACUUUCUCAGAUUUAUAUUCUCACUAUGUUUGCUUCAUCAUAAGCAGUAUUAUCAUUACACAUAUGCAAACAAACUUGACCCCUGAACUCUUAAACCCUGAACUACGACCUCCUACACGUGUUCUUCAAAAAUGGUUAUGUCCUUUUACCUGUCAUUACUUGUGGCUAGCCUGUAGCUCCUCAGGCAAAAUGAUGACAAUGCAUGUUCCACACUGAAAUGGGUCACUUAUCCAUCCCAUGAUCUUCUGAUUCACAUGAGACCCUUCCCAGCCCUAAAUAAGAGAUAAUAUAUUGGAGAUUCAAUAUAAAUGUUUGGGGCUUUAUCGGACAUUGCAAUAUUCACCUUCUUACAAAAGCGGUAGAUAUAAUGUGAUAGUAGUCAUAAAAGGGGAUAGAUAUGUGAUAUAGGAAAGCUGCUCAUGAAUUGUUUUGAGUCUAUUUCCAACAAUACAUUGCUAUACAUAUUUUGCAAUACAUACAUGAAAAUGCAAUACAUUUUUCACAAGACAUCAUCACUACAUAGACUUGAUCUGUUUUUGUUGAAGAGCACUAGUGCAGAAAAUAAGUAUUUACCUCUUCAACAUGCAUUAAUGCACACAGAAUAUUCUCUGAUCAUGUUCUAUGUGAUUUUAGAGUUUUAUGAAUCACCUGCUAUAUAUUAAGGUAAUUUUAUCAUCUGAAUGCAAUGACAAUUUAAAAACAGCAAUUUAAAAAAUAUUUAAAAAUAAUAUUUGCCAGUGCAUUCAGAUUUUAAACUUCAGACAGAGAAAAGGUUAAUUUUAUAUUUCAUGCCUAUUGAUGAAAUUAUCAUUUUGAGUAGUAGCGUUACUUAAAGAGCAACUGAAGGCAAUAAAAAAACAUAUAUUCUA